CAGUCGUGAUAAAAAAAAAUAAAUUCAGCAGAGAACCAAAAAUCCAGAAUGGCCUGCAAGAAAAUCAUCUCGGAUUUGCAUCUUUUGACCAAGUCACCACUCAAAGUAGCUGCCAUUGGAAGUGCUAGACAAUUCUCAUCUAAAAAUGAUUUAGAUAAAGUAACACAUACUGGUCAAGUGUUCCCAAAGGAUGACUACCGUAAUGUACGUUUCACAAAUGCCACACGUUAUGUGAAUGAAAAUUGGGGCAUUAAACUGAUCGAUGAGAUUCCACCAAAAGAAUGCACCGAACGUGUUGUCUAUUGCGAUGGCGGAGAUGGUCCAUUGGGUCAUCCAAAGGUUUACAUUAAUUUGGACAAACCUGGUUCACACAUUUGUGGAUACUGCGGAUUGAGAUUCGUCAAGAAAGGUGGUCACCAUUAAAGGGACAGAUUUGGUGGACGGAACGUGUUGAGGGUGUAAAAUCUUAAAUUCAUAAAUAAAUAAAUUUGAAAUCUUAUGAAAUAGAUUAGGAUUUUAAA